UUGAAACCUCAUCUCAAUUUCACCAUAUCUCCGCACUUCUGUAUGUGUAAGCAUAUUGUGCUAGCUUCUUGUUUAGCAUGGUGAUCCCUGGGUGCAGGACAGGCUAGACUGGAAAAGUCAGAGAUCCCAUUUCAUCCUUCAGUAACCAAAUAGACCUGAGCGCGCUCUGCCUCCUGCUGACAGACCUACCGAUCUUUGGCCUGGAAAGAGAUGUGCUAAUUUCCUUGUUAGGUCUGCAAGAAGAGAACGUGACAUAAAGAAAGAUGCUAUCUCUAAACCCUGGAAAACAGCGUUCUUACAUAGUAGCCAUUCCACUGUUACUUGCUGCUGCCUUCAUUGUUGCUGUAAACAGUGAUUGUGGUGUGCCACCGCGUUUUAAUUUUGCUGAGCUGAAGGAGGAGUACAGAAAUCAGAAUAAGUUUGCUGCUGGUAACAAAGUGGAAUACAACUGUCGCCCAGGUUAUAGCAAGGUACAAAGAUCCACUCUUCAGUGCAUGAAAUAUUCUCAAUGGUCAGAUGCCGGAGAGUUUUGCAAGGCAAGAUCAUGCCGUCACCCUGGAGAGCCAGAAAAUGGCAGACUUGUUAUUCUAACAGAUCUCACGUUUGGUGCAACAGUAAACUUCGUCUGUGAAGAGGGGUACAGACUAAUUGGAAAUGCAGAAAGAAAAUGUGUGCUUGAAGGAUCACAAGUUAUAUGGGACAAAGAUAUUCCAUACUGUCAAGUGAUACCAUGCAAGCCUCCUCCAGAAAUAGAGCACGGGACACAUACUGGGACAACGAUGGAGGAAUUCAACUAUGGGACAUCUGUCACUUACCAGUGUAACACUGUAGAGAGGGGACAGGUUCCUUUCUCGCUUAUUGGAGAGCCCUCCAUUCACUGUACAUCCACGGAUAAUGUAAAUGGAGACUGGAGCGGGCCUGCCCCUGAAUGCAAAGUCGUUCGCUGUGAACAGCCAAGAGUUGACCAUGGAAAACAGAUGACUGGAUAUAGUCCUGUAUACACCUACAGAGCCUCUGUUCUGUUUGAGUGUGACCACCGCUACACCCUCAAAGGCAGUAACGUACUUCAAUGCAAUGAAAAUAGUAGAUGGGAUCCUCAGUUACCAGUUUGUGAGCGAAGUAGCUGUGAUGACCCACCUUACAUUCGUAAUAGUUUUCAAAAUCAUUCUAACGGCAACUUGUUUCCGGCUGGGACUGUAGUGAAGUAUAACUGUGUGAGAGGUUAUGAGUUAAUCCCUGGAAUAUCUGCGAGUGUUACCUGUCAAAAAGAUUUUACAUGGUCUGAACAUCAAGAAUUUUGUCAGAAAAUUAGAUGUCCAUUUCCAAACAUUCCCAAUGGAAGAGCAAUACCUGGAAAAGCAACCUAUGAGUAUGAGGAAAAGAUUCGCAUUGAAUGUAAUCCCGGUUACGCCCUCAAAGACAAGAAUGGGUCGAUUAAGUGCGAAAGUGAUCGUGCAUGGCAUCCUCGAUUACCAAUUUGCGAACCAGUUUGUGAGCCACCUGCAAGCAUCUCUAAUGGACGGAUCAACAGUGGCUGGAAAAAUGAUUUCUUUGUUGGCUCAAGUGUGAGCUACUCCUGUAACUCUGGUUGGUCACUUGUUGGCGUAUCCUCCAUUCGAUGUAUAGCUGGUGAUGGGGGAACUCCGCGCUGGAAUGCACCUGUCCCUAAGUGCAAAGCUUGUGAGCCACCUGCCCGUGUCUCUAAUGGACGGGACGACCGUGACUGGGAACCUGUUUUCCUUGUUGGCUCAAGUGUGACCUACGAAUGUGACCGUGGUUGGUCACUUGUUGGCGUAUCCUCCAUUCGAUGUAUAGCUGGUGAUGGGGGAACUCCGCGCUGGAAUGCACCUGUCCCUAAGUGCAAAGAAAUUAGAUGUCCAUCUCCAAACAUUCCCAAUGGAAGAGCAAUACCUGGAAAAGCAACCUAUGAGUAUGAGGAAAAGAUUCGCAUUGAAUGUAAUCCCGGUUACGCCCUCAAAGACAAGAAUGGGUCGAUUAAGUGCGAAAGUAAUCGUGCAUGGCAUCCUCCAUUACCAAUUUGCGAACCAGAGAUUCUUCGUUGUCCAAAUCCAGUGAUUGAACAUGGAAAACCGAUCUUUAUAAGUAAAACUGAAUAUACAGUUGGAAACAGUGUUGAGUUUCAAUGUGAAUCUGGCUACAUCCUUAAAGGCAGCGAGUCGAUCGAAUGCCAGGCAAAUGGGACGUGGGAUCCUCCAGUGCCAUCUUGUAUUAAGGUUUGGUGUCCAAAGCCUGAUGUGCAAAAUGGAAGAAUGGUCAAUGAGUUAGAUGAAAAAGAGAGUUACAACGUGAAUGAAAACAUUACUUUCAAAUGCUCUCCUGGGUACCAAUUUUCAGACCAUUGGUAUCAGUCUACAACAGACAGCUUGAAUAUUACAUGUUCAGCUGAUGGCACCUGGAAGGUGUUACACAAGUGUGAGAAGCAAAUAAUGUCUCCCCUGUGCAAGAUGGUUCGCGAGAUUGUAAAGUUUCUCCACUGCAGUAUAUCUCUGACAGAACUGAGAACCCGUCUAGAAGAACAGAAACUGUAUCUGGAGAUUCAGAAAUUUAAGCGAGACCUAGAAAAAUACCAGGAAUACACCAAUAUCUCGCACGGGCCAGUGCAGCGCACAGACUCCCAUUUCCCCUUACCUCAUGAGCCUACGGGUGGUCAUGCCUGGGGUCCGUGUUGCACAAUGUGCCAGCUGAGGAGCGGCUGCAGCCCUGCCUGGACUGCGCUGUCACCACCAUUCUCUGGGAACUCACCUGGCACCAUGAUGUCACUUCCCUCUGGCUGGACUCUGCGGCUCCUGGGGACCCUGGUACUCAUGCUGCUGCCCGGGGGAGCUCUCAGUUAUUGUGUUGAUCCACCUGACAUUCCCAAUGCUAUUCUGAAGAGUAGUGUUGGCACAUUGAUUCCAGCUGGGAAGGUGAUUAAAUAUGGCUGCCGCCCAGGUUAUAAGCUGAUCACUGGAAUUAGGCAAGGGCAUGUUACUUGUCUUCAAAAUUCGACAUGGUCUUCAGCGCCGAACUUUUGUCAGAAAGUUCGUUGUCCAGCUCCAGAUGUUAACAACGGAACACAGACACCGAUGCCAGGACCUGGAGAGAAGACCUAUGCGUUUGGGGACAAAGUUACAAUUGAAUGUGAUUUGGGGUAUGAUCUCAAAGGCAGUAUCAACGGAAAUGCUCAGAUUCGCUGCAAACAUGAUGGCACAUGGGAUCCUGCCAUACCAGUUUGUGAACCAGUUUGUUCCCAACCCCAGAACAUCUCCCAUGGCCAGUGCAAUGACUGGGGCAAGAGAGUUUUUUUUGUUGGCUCAUCGGUAACUUACAAAUGUGACAGAGGCUUCUCACUUGUUGGAAAAGCCUCCAUUCAGUGUAUCGCUGGUGAUGAGGUCACUCCAACCUGGAGCGAGCCUACCCCUCAGUGCGAAGAGACUCAGUGUCCAGACCCACAUAUUCAACAUGGAAGCCUGAAAUCUCCACUUCCACAUAACUAUACACACAGAACCGGUGUCACGUUUCAGUGUGAUCCUGGUUACAUCCUCAGGGGCGCUGAUAAGAUUCAAUGCCAAGCUGAUGGCAAGUGGUAUCCGCAGCUACCCGUUUGUGACCCAGGGAGAUGUUCCUACCCGCCAGUACUUGCAUAUGCUGACAGAAACAAUCAGAGAGAGUUUCUAGUUGGUACCGUAGUGACCUACUCCUGCAGACGAGGUUACACACGCAUCCCUGGAGUAUCUCCGCAUGUGACUUGUCUUACAAAUUUUACGUGGUCUAAACUCUCAGAACUAUGUCAGAAAGUUCGUUGUCCAGCUCCAGACGUUAACAACGGAAUACAGACACCGAUGCCUAGACCUGGAGAGGAGACCUAUGCAUUUGGGGAUAGUGUUACAAUUCAAUGUGAUUUUGGAUAUGGUAUCAAAGGCCGUAUCAACGGAAAUGCUCAGAUUCACUGCAAACAUGAUGGCAGAUGGGAUCCUGCUGUACCAGUUUGCGAACCAGUUUGUUCCCAACCCCCAAACAUCUCCCAUGGCCAGUACAAUGACUGGGGCAAGAGAGAUUUUGUUGGUGGCUCAUCGGUAACAUACAGAUGUGACAGAGGCUUCUCACUUGUUGGAAAAGCCUCCAUUCAGUGUAUCGCUGGUGAUGAGGUCACUCCAACCUGGAGCGAGCCUACCCCUCAGUGCGAAGAGACUCAGUGUCCAGUCCCACACAUUCAACAUGGAAGCCUGAAAUCUCCACUUCCACAUAACUAUACACACAGAACCAGUGUCACGUUUCAGUGUGAUCCUGGUUACAUCCUCAGGGGCGCUGAUAAGAUUCAGUGCCAAGCUGAUGGCAAGUGGAAUCCACAGCUACCCGUUUGUGACCUAGGGAGAUGUUCCUACCCGCCAGUUCUUGCGUACGCUGACAGAAGUGAUCAGAGAGAGUUUCUAGUUGGUACCGUAGUGACCUACUCCUGCAAACCAGGUUACACACGCAUCCCUGGAGUAUCUCCGCAUGUGACUUGUCUUACAAAUUUUACGUGGUCUAAACUCUCAGAACUUUGUCAAAAGACUCGUUGUCCAAAGCCAGUGGUUGAAAAUGGAAAACAGAUCUCUCCAGUGAAAACUGAAUAUACAUAUGCCAACCGUGUUGUGUUUCAAUGUGAUCCUGACUACAUCCUCCGAGGCAGUGAGGGGAUUGUGUGCUGGAGCGAUGGGAUGUGGCACCCUCCAGUACCAUUUUGUGAUAAAUCCUGUGGCCGACCUCCAACUCUCAUGAACGGGCUGCACAAUGGUGGGAUGAAGGAAUAUUUCCCCUAUGAAUCACAAGUGACCUAUAGCUGUGGAGACAGUUUGUCACUGAUUGGAGAGUCCUCCAUUUAUUGCACAUCUGAUGGGGUAAAUAUGAUGUGGAGCGGACCUGCCCCGCAGUGCAAAGUGGUUCGCUGUCCGAGGCCAGAGGUUGAAAAUGGAAGAGUGAUGACUACAAGGCAAGCAUUCACAUACGGUGUCACUGUUCAGAUCUCUUGCCCGGAAGGCUACCUGCUCCAUGGCAGUCGAGUGAGUCAGUGUCAGGAUGACAACACUUGGAAUCCUCCUGUGCCAAGUUGUCAGCCCGUUCAGUGUUCAAAGCCAGACGUGCAGAAUGGAAGAAUGGUCAAUGCAUUAGAUGAGAAAAUGUGGUACAACGUAAAUGAAAGCAUUACUUUCAAAUGCUCUCCUGGGUACCAAUUUUCAGACCAUUGGUACCUGCCUACAACAGACAGCUUUAGUAUUACUUGUUCAGCCAACGGCAACUGGACAGCAUUACCCAAAUGUAAAAAGCAAAGCAAUACUGAAGAAUGUGCAGGGGCACGUGAGAGUAAAGAGUUUCUCCAUUGUGAUGUGCCUGUGAUGGAACUGAGAACCCUGCUGGAACUGAAGAAACUGUAUCUGGAGAUUCAGAAACUCAAGCGGGAGAUUAAAAAAUUGUAA